GCAGCUGAUUUUGACAUUUUCCUUAUCGAACGGAAUUGAAGCCGGUGAACUACAAUAUUCCAAAGAAACUUUGCAUUUAAUGCAGGGCUUGCAUUUUAUCAUAACAGUAUAGUUUUAGUGUGAAUCAAUGUUUAAAAGUGCCUUUGAAACGUAAAAUUAACAUGAUUACUAGUAGGUUUAUCGGCAGUGCGCAGCACUGGAAAACUCUGAACGGGGGUUGUCAUUACAUCAUGCAGAAGAACGAGUUUUCCACUCACCGGAACGAUCCAGUGGACAAGCACCAGUUUGAAUACAUCACGCUACCGCCAACCGACGCUCCAAGCUCCAGCCAGCAUCAGGUUAAAAAGUCACCCACAGCUGGUAGUAAUGUUGCUUUACACCGUAUCAGUCUGAUGGAUCUAGCUAAAAGCAAACUGUACGAAGCACAAUCUUUCUAUGACGACUUCAGUGGAAUGUCUGAGGUGAAGAUUGCCCAGAACAAGGUGAUCGAGAUUCAGAACCAACUGCAACUGGUGCAGGAACGCAGAAGGCACAUCUUGCUGGAAUUAACCCUGAUCCGGAAGCAACUCCAGGAUAUCCACAUUGAUUUGCACAAAGCAGUUCGGGGCGAGCAUCGCUAUGUGGAGCUUAUCAAGGAAGAGUUUGAUGUCAUCGCCAGGGAGAAAGAAAAGAAUCAGAUUUUUCAAAUAGUAGAUCAAGAAGAGCGCGAAUUGUUCACACAUCUCACAUCGGCUGUUAAAACAUCCCAUGAGAAGGAACGAACGCAGGCCAAUAAUGUGAAAUAUUGGUCUAUUAUUGGAUCGUGCGUUGGUGCGUUGCUGGGCAUCAUCGCCACCUCAAUCAAUUACUACUACCGAAACACACAGUUCGAGGCGAUCAAGCAAACCACCGGGGAAAGUGUCUCCCGGUUGGCCCAGGUUCAGAACGAGCUGUCCGAUUUCGGCAGUUCACUGGAGUACAUACGGCAGUAUGUACAGACGCGUCAACUGGAGGACGACAGGGAACGACGACUGAAAGCGGUCCGUGAACCGACUCUAAAGGAGGGCUGGGGCAGCUACUUCAAGCGGCACACGGUCCGAGUGUACAGAUAUUUCAUACCGAAUACUAAGUAAGGGGAAUGGAUGACUACAUAUACAAGGGGAGAGCAUAAUUUGAGAAUUGUGCUGAAGAUUACAAGAGAUUUUUGUUAAGUCGUUUGUUCUUCUAGUUCUGUAUCCGAAG